UAAAUUACACCGCGGUUUGUGCGCUUUGAACUGUUUGGGUCCUGUUACUGACAAACGUUAAUACACUCCAUUAUUUCAGGCGUUCCACUUUUCUGUUUCUAGUAGUUUUGUGCUGUUCCUGGUCAGCAGCGGAUGCUUUGUUUGAUGCUUUGUUUGACGAUAGACAGAGGUGAUUGUAUUUGAGAGGAACAUGUCUCAGAAUACAACAGCCCCGACUUCAUCACUCACGGCUCUUCAUUCAGAUUCACACAAGCAGAGCAUCCUGAGCAAAUUCGACAAGCUCAGGAAAAGGGACCUGCUGUGCGAUGUCACCUUUGUCGUGGAAGACGUGCACUUCAAGGCGCACAAAGCCCUGCUGGCAGCGAGCAGCGAGUACUUCUCCCACAUGUUCACGUCAGAGGAUCACAUCAGCCGGUCCACAUAUAAACUGGACGGUAUGGCAGCUAAGAUGUUUUCUGCUGUGCUGGAGUUCAUCUACAGCGCCCAGGUGUCUCUGGAGGAGGGCACCACAGAGCAGCUCCUGGCCACGGCUCAUCUUAUGGAGGUCAACGACCUUGUCAAAGUGCUCACUGAACUCACAGGCUCUGCUGCCAGCGUUAGAGGUGAUGAGGUGAAGGCAGACAAAGCUGAGGUGCCUGAUCCGUCGAAACGCAAAAGAGGACGACCAAAGAAUAAUGUGGCUGCACCUGCACCUGUAACAGAGCUGGAGGGGAGAAGUACUCCAUGUGAGAGCUCAGAGGAGGGACAGGCUGGAGAUGUGGACUGCCAGGAUGUAGAUGUCGACUCUCUACCCAGAGACGAUGCAGAUUAUAACCCAGGGGCGCACCAGAGCCGACAGAGCAAACGCAAAAUCAGGCCUCCAACAAAAUACAAGAGUUACAAAGUGGGCUAUGACUCAGCAGUAAGCAACGAGCCUGGGAAAAGAGGAAGGAAAAGGAAAUAUCCCAACACAGAGGCUCGGUGUGAGGAGUGUGACAAAGUUUUUAAAAAUCACCUCUUUUUAAAAAUUCACCAAAGGACUCAUACAGGAGAGAAGCCUUUCCGGUGCCCGGUUUGUGGGAAGAGUUUUACCCAGAAGCACACUCUGCUGGUUCACCAGCGUAUGCACACCGGAGAGAAACCGUUUGUCUGUACCGUCUGCUCCAAAGCUCUCUGCACCAAACACUCCCUACAGGAGCACAUGAACCUCCAUGAAGAAGAGAAAUCCUUCAACUGUGAUAAAUGUGGAAAAACUUUCACUCAGAAGAGGCAACUUAAAAGUCAUUACAGAGUUCAUACAGGUAAAUCGUUACCAGAAUGUGCUCAGUGUCAUCACAAGUUCAUGGACACGGCUCAGCUGAAGAAACACCUGAGAACUCACACAGGUGAGAAGCCGUUCACAUGUGAGAUUUGUGGAAAGUGUUUUACAGCAAAGAGCACACUGCAGACUCACAUCAGGAUUCACAGAGGGGAGAAGCCAUAUGAUUGCAACAUCUGCGACAAGUCGUUCUCAGAUCCCAGCGCCAGAAGACGCCACGUCAUCUCUCACUCAGGAAAGAAACCCUUCACCUGCUCCUUCUGCAGCCUCUCAUUUACCCGCCUGGACAACCUGAAAACUCACACUAAGUCUCACAGCAAGGAGAGAGCAGCGUCAGCAGAGGCCUCGUCAGAAGUGGCGGUGGCGGCAGCAGACGCCUCAGCAGCUCCUCAGGUGCAGCUGCAGCUCCAGCAGUACAGCUCUGACCAGGAGAUCCAGCUGGUGGUGACGGGUGACGUCAACAACAUUAAUUUUGUGCCGGGUCAGGAGCAGGAGAUCAGCAUCAUCACCACAGAGGGUGAGGCGGCAGAAUCAGCCCACUCCAGACUCACCCUCCUCACCCAGCCGUCAGGACACGUGCAGAACGUGGCUCUGGUCACUCAGGGCGCUGUGGUGGACCAGGCCGCUCAGAUUCAGACCGUCAGCAUGCUGGAGGGACAGAUGACGCAGCAGCCUGAGCAGAUGCACGUCAUCACUCUGAGUAAAGAGGCGAUGGAGCAGCUGCAGUCCCACCACGGUCCUCCGCAGCCCCUGCAAAUAGCACAGCGACCCGUCCAGCAGCUGCAGGUGAUGCACCCGCCAGUCCAGCAGCUGGAAACCUCGCAGGCUCAGGCGAGCAGGGAGCAGCACAGCCAGGCCAUUCACAUCAGCAGCCAGAGCGGCCAGCCCAUCUCCAUCAGCCAGACCAGCGAGCAGAUCUCCAGCCACCACAUCCAGGGACAAACGUUUCAGAUCCAGGCGGGAACCGUCUCCUACCUGUACACCACCGGGCUGCCGCAGGAGGGCUGAGUGUGGCCUGGACGUAAAUCUGACGCUGGUGAAUCUAAACUGAAAUAUGCUGCUACAGGACACAUCACGAGUAGAUGAGCACAGUUCUCAUCAUCAAGUAAGAGUAUUUUUAUAGGAACCAGUUUUACUGCUUUUCCCACUGAAGAGCAAUGAAUUGACAAUGUAAUGUUUUCUGUUCAAAUAUAAUAUGUAGUAGAGUCAGCUGAGAAAAAACAUUAACUGUGUGUAAAUCCCUGCUCACAGUUUACAACAGUUUAUGGAUGACGACUCCAGUUUGUGAUCAAAAACGUUUGCAUGGAUUAUGAAUCUGAGUUGAUUUUCACACUGGACUGGACGUGAGAAGAAUAAGAAUAAGCUUUGUCAGCAAUAAAAGUAUAUGCAAUUAAUAAAAAAACAAUUACCAGUGUCCUUAAAAUAUUUCUUACAAUUCUGUUUUAUUAAAACUCAUCAACAGCAUUUUAAUUUAGAAAUGGAUAGAAAGGAGUUUAUUGUUCAUUCAAUUUGAAACUUGAAUUAUGUUUAUAACAGUGGUGGAGAAGAAACAGUCUGAAUACAACAGAUAAUAAAAUGAGGUGUUGAAUGAAAAUGAGCAGGUUUAUCUCUUUGCUUUUGAAGUAGAUUAAAUUUGUUCACGUUAAGCUGUAAACCAACCAGUAAAUCAGCGUU